AUGAGUGCCUGGCAGCAAAGAGUGUUCGAUGAGGUGGCUAGGCGUGCAUCGGAGCAGUCGAGGGCAGCAGAGCCAAAGCUCCUGCACCUUUUGGACUCUGGCGAUUUCCGUUCCCACCUCAGCAAGUGCUGUCCGUCCUUGGUGAACCUUCCUUCUGAAGAGCUGAUGGAGAGGCUAUCCAAGCAGCUUGAGGUCGCCGAGGUUUGUUCUGGCUUCCCGGCCAUGCAUGACCCAUCCCAGACUGGAGAUUCGGCUGGCAUGUCAAUCAGUUUCGGUUUGACUGGCUCCUUCUUCCUCAACGACUGGGAAGCCGUCUUGCUGCACUCGGCGAAUCCACACAGUGUCUGGCACAAGAUCGAAGCAACGUAUGUAGCAUAUUCAGUUGACUCUACCCUUCAAGAGGUGCUGGUGAAGAAGUGGUUUGGUGGGUGUUCGGGUGUACCGUUGCCGCAGCAGCGCUACUCACUGAACGAGUGUUAUGGCACAGCUGACCAGAACUUCGUAAUGCGUUUCACAGCAGCAAGCGGGAUCAGUGAGAUGGUGUCUCUUUCCAUUUGGACAGCGAUUCACCAGACGGGUGCAUCUGACUUGGAAUCCCCUGCUGGGACGCGAGUGGUCCCAUGUCCUUCACGUCUGCCGCUGGUUACUCAAGUCCAUGUGGCAGAUGGGGAGUGCCACAUCCAUGUUAGGAAGAACAACACCGAGGCUUUCCUGAUGCAAGACCGGGCCGAAACCAUUCAGUAUGAGCUAAAGCCAUUCCGCAUGCCGGCUGCGCCGGCAACGCUCAUCGAAGCUGGUGAGAGGCCCGUAUAUUCCAUGGUCAACUUGAACAUGAUUGACGCAGGGAGCCCACUUUAUGGGGAUGUCUCUGCAGUGUUUUCGAACAAACACAUUUUGAACAGCACCUUGUUGUCUUCAGUCGACAGCGGUUUUUUCCAGCAGUAUUGCAUCAAUGGGAAGACCUUCCCCAGGUUGUCCUACAACUGUAGCGCAGAGACAGCAUUCGAAGGGCUGGGCACAUUUCUGCACAACAGGCACCUCUUCGUGAACAACAUGGAAUUCUGGAAAUCCGGUGGCACCGUUCAGUCUGCGUUCCAAAGAGGGCAACUUCCUUGGGGUUCCAGUCCUGUCCCCGGCCACUUGUUCCUAAACUACUUGGAGGCUACACAUCUUAGCAAACUGCACUAUCCUGAGGCGAUUCGGUUCUUGAUAGGCACCUUCCCCGUGCUUUUUGGCACAGAGCUAGGGGCGAACUUGCAGAUCUGGGCCAAAAGCCGGGGCUGGGUAUUGGUUUGGGCGCUUGGCCUGAAUGAUAAGGCUUUGUUGCGUCCGACGCGAGACUUUGAUUUUAGUCCACUGCUGCAAGACGUGGAUUUCAAAGUGAACGGACGCAUGGUGGACCCGAUCGUCCUGGGACACACGACGGCUACAGUAGGCCCGCCGGUGCAGCUUGAUGUUGUUAACGACUUCGAGAAGCUUUGGGCGGAGGUGGGUGCUGUGCGUGGACAGACGAAGCAGCUGACGAACCAGACAGUUGCAAACAAGUGGCAACAAGCAAUGCUGCACUUCCCACAGCUGCUGCUUCGCCCUCUGCUCGGCGAGGACUGCACUAAGCAGCUGCGACAUGCUGAGUGUGUUGGGGUCACCCUGGAUGGAGGCACUAGCUACGCGCCAGUCAGCAACAGCCGACAGGUAGGCACCACCCUGCUCAGCUCGGCCCAAAACUUCACGGAAGCAAACGAUCUCGGUCUUGUCUAUGCCCAGGCGGCCCAGGCGGCCCAGGCGGCCCAGGUACCCAGCCGGCAAGGCUGGGAAGUCGCCCUCGCUGUGUACGUGGAAAUGGGCUCGAUGCGCAAGGUGGCGACGACUCCGGUGGCCACACCGGUGGCGACGCCGGCAACGGCUGCUCCGAAUCCACCCAGGGGCGUUUCAGCUCCCUCCGCGACACCAUCGGAGUGCUCCACAGUUGUCCGGCAUGGACAGUUCAACACUACGGCAUGCGACGAAGCAACAGACGACUCGGACCCAGAUGUUUCUUCGUGGCAUGGAAGAGGUCAACAGCAAUCUUUACAGGACGUCUUGGCCUUCCUGGACCAGAAGGAACGGGAGGUCAGCAUGAUCUUUUCCAAGACGCGAAAUCAGCUGCUACAAGCCAUGCCCAUGCCGCCAAGCACGGACGGAUCUGGCUCAGCUGUGACAGCUCGCUCUGACGAGGCCACAGUGAGGUGGAGGGAAUUUGGCGAGCCGUUCUACCGUGCGAUUUCCCUGCAGCGUCAGCGCGAGAAGGAGAAUCAAACUCUUCGGGAGAUGGUCGCUCUGAAGAAACUAGAGCUGGAGAAGCUCCUAACAGCACUUCGCGCAGGUUCACAAACUGUCAAAGCGGUCGAGCAUGUCGGACCAUCGUCAGAGACCGAAGGCUCCCCUCUCGCAGGCAGCCUUUAG